AUGGGGAAUUCAACUUCAAACCGUCGUCGAAUACACGAUUCAAAUGUCAAAAGCGACAUGUCGGGCCAACCAAAGACUUUACACAAACAUAGAGACCAAGAAACUGUCAGCAAUUCGUUUCGGACUAACCCUAAACAACUGUCAGUCGAAGAUCUUGAUUAUGAAACAGUUUUUUGCUCAAGAAGAAAAAACAGUAAACAGUCUUUGCAGACUGUAAAUGAUAUGGCUGACUCCAACUUAAAUCUGUACAGCGACAAAAAUUCAAUUUUAUCAGGGAAUUCUAUUGUUGGAUCUGAGACUCGACGAUUCCAGCCUAUUUUGAAAAGCAGUUUCUGGCGUUAUCACAAAAGCCGAAGCAACUUUACAUGGAAAAUAUGCGACGAUUCUAUUGGCAACUCACAUAGACAGGAACACCUUAGUACAUCAGAGGUUAUGUCUUUGCAAACUGGCGAGGAAUUGGAUCUUAUGACUGUGCAUGAAUUAUACAACUGUCUUAAUGAUGGUACAGUGAAUGCAUACAUUAUGGACCCUUUUUACAUCCUUCUGUUGGACAUUAGAGAACGCUCUGUGUAUGAUGUGUCCCAUAUUAUCACAGCUCAGCCAUCUGAUGUUAUCUACACUGAACUGGUGUUACUUUUUAACUAUGGUUACAUUGGAGGACGGACAAGUCUUAAAGACUUUACUAUGGUGGUAAUAUAUGGCCAGGGAUUAUGUGAUUUGGAUGAUGAAUUAUGCCCUGAGAUGAAACUCUAUCAUGAACUUUCUGAAUUCGGUAUUAAACCAAGUAUUCUUAAAGGUGGUUUUGAAGCAUUCCAUGAUAAAUAUCCAUUUUUGUGUUCAAGCAUUCACAUCACAGAUGAAAACGAACGCAAGAAAUACUUACAAACAUAUCCAUCAGAAAUAGUUGAAGGUAGACUAUACCAAGGUCGAGGGGAUCAAGCAACAAAUCUAGAAAUAGUUAAAAUUUGAAAAUUACACAUUGUCAAUGUUUGCACAGAGCACAAUGCAUUUCCAGAAGAGGUGACAUACCUUCAUAUCAAUGUUGAGGAUUUGAAAUCUUCAAGUUUAAAGGUGUAUUUUCAAAGAUCUUGUGACUUUAUUACAAAUGCAUUGAACAGCGAAGGUUGCGUGUUGAUUCAUUGCAAUCUUGGCAUGAGUAGAAGUUCCACAAUAUCUCUGUGUUAUUUGAACAACUCGAAAUGGAGUCUAAAGCAAGCUUAUGAUUUUAUGAAAUCAAAGCGGCAAGCAGUAAAACCAAACAGAUCAUUCUUACGACAAUUGUGUGAGCUUGAAGAGGAAAUUCUAGACAAGAAAGUGACAGAUCCUGAUGAUAUCUGGUUCUAAAACAUAGUAUAAUUUUUCAAAACACAGUGCAAAGGAUAUAUAAUUGAUAUUUCUGAUGCAGCACAUGGAUUUUAUUGUUAAAUAUGUUAAAAAACUAGAAUGUAAUAAUACAAAAUUGCAUAAUCUAAGUGAUACCAGUGAAAUCUUGUGUAUUAAUACUGUUUAUUUAACAAGCAUCAUAUCUCAUGUCAUCCACUAUAAACAGAUGAACACUCAUUUAAAAUAAUUUCUGACAAUUUUUUAUUAUUGCAUUUUAUCCAUAUGUCAAUAUCUGUGUUUUGAAUAUUAAUAUGAAGAAGACAAGCAUCUUUACCAAGUACUGAACCAGCUAAUAUUCCUUCAGAACCUACAAGAAAAACCAACUUGCAUGGAAAAAUUUUGUAACAAGAGACUAAAAAAGUGCUAUCUACCUUUAAUCUCCACCAAAAAGAAGUUCAAGUGCUCUUUUACAAAAUUUAUUAUCUCUUCAAAUGUCAUCUUUGAUUUCAUUUUAAAUGCUUGAGCAUCGUUACCAGUGGUGGUCCAACACUGUCCAAACUCUUCAGUGCUCAUUGAUAGCGGUCGAAACAGGUAUUGGACUGGUAUUUUUUGUUCAAAGUUCAAUACUUUAAAAUUUUUCAUCACAGAGUAACGUAAUAUACCUUUAAUAGACAUGCUUGCAGCUGGAUAUCGACAACUCAUAGAAACUUCUUUCUCUAUCUAUAAUAAAAAGUAAGGUUGAUUAAUAAAAGUUCUAUGGUUGAUCUAA